UCCUAUCGCAGCUCUUAUCAAUAUCCUUGCGCCUCCAAACUCUCUAGGGUUUCUGUACCAAACCCAGAAAAAAAAAAUGCCGAAGAAAUCAGCGACCACCCCGGAGACCGACUCAUGCUUGCGGUUCGCCGAUUGCAUCGGACUGCAGAAGGCUGCAUCCGAUGGCAAAAACUUUGUGUUCUCGCCGCUGUCCAUCCGUUGCGCCCUCAGCCUCGCUGCAGCUGGAAGCAAUGGAUCCACCCUCGACCAGUUCCUCUCCUUCCUCGGCUCUCGCACCCUCGAUGAUCUUAACUCGGCAACGGAGAAACUGAUGGCGUCAGUUAAAACGGCGACUGGCCCUAAUCCUAAACCUAAUGAAGAUGGCGAAUAUGGGUCUCAUGUCUCUCUGGCCAACAGUUUAUGGUUCCACCAGGCAUUGACUCUGAAGCCAGCGUUCAAGGAGAUCGCCGCUUCUGUCUACGGUGCUGAGGCCAGACCUGUCGACUUUCACCCGUCCAAGGUUCGUGAAUCUGCUAAAGAAAUAAAUGCAUGGGCUGAAAGUCAAACCAAUGGACUCAUUAAGCAGAUUUUGCCGCUCAACGACCUGCAUGAUGGAACUAUGGUCGUUCUUGUCAAUGCACUCUAUUUCAAAGGAAAAUGGCUAUAUGAGUUCGACACCGAAGAUACAGAGGACAAAGAAUUUCACCUCCUCAAUGGAACCAGCAAACAAGUACCCUUCAUGCAUAUAGCUUGUGGUUCCUAUCAGUAUAUUGCACAGUUUACUGGCUUCAAAGUACUCAAACUUCGCUACAAACCAAACGAAGCUUGGCGUGAAUUCUCCAUGCUAAUUUUCCUCCCUAACGAGAUAGAUGGGCUUAAAGAUCUCAUCCAAAAGGCCGUCUCUGAUCCUAAUUUCUUCAAUCAUUAUUGUCCGACAAACUUAGUCAAAGUUCGCAAGUUUAGAAUACCCAAGUUCAAAAUCUCGUGUGCAUUUAAGCCAUCUGAUGUCUUGCCUGAACUUGGGCUGGAUCUUCCUUUUGACGGACAUUGUGCAGAUUUGACUGAGACAGUGUUCACUCCUUAUCCCAGUUUCAAACUAGUUAUUUCGAGAGUGUUUCACAAAGCUACGAUUGAAGUAGGAGAGAAGGAAACCGAAGCAUCAGCAGCAACAUUAGUAAGUGAGGAUGACCUGGGCUGUUGCCUGUAUGAUGAGGUUGAGGAGCCUCCAACAAUAGAUUUUGUGGCGGAUCUUCCCUUCAUGUUUGCAAUAACAGAGGAUCGAUGUGGUACGGUUUUGUUCUUGGGCCAUGUGGUUGAUCCUUCAGUCGAUGAAACUGAAAUAAAAUGAUUACGCUGGAUACUGCAGAAAGACUCGGGGGUCGGGACUAUUGUUAGUUUUUGCGGCUCCAGUAGUCAAGUGACAAGAGCAUCUCUUGGGAACUUUGUGAAGUAAUGUUUUUGAUGUCGUGAUAUCUUUGGAAACCUUGUCAAGUAAUGCUUUUGAUAUUCUGAUAAAUUUAGAAGUUAUAAGAAUCUCCAUUUCAGGAAAGAAAAAAAAACAGAUGUUUUAAUUUUC